AUGCAGCUUGUUCCAAAGGAGCUCGACAAGCUCACCAUCGCGCAUCUCGGGUUCCUGGCGCAGCGCCGUCUUGCACGAGGUGUGCGAUUGAACCAUGCCGAGGCCGUGGCCUUGAUCUCCAGUGUCCUGCACGAGCUUAUUCGUGAUGGCCACUACUCCGUUGCGGACUUGAUGUCCAUCGGCAAAACCAUGCUGGGUCGCCGACAUGUUUUGCCCUCUGUUGUCGCGACUCUCGUCGAGUUGCAGGUCGAGGGCACCUUUACUACGGGCACGUACCUGGUGACGGUGCACCACCCCAUUAGUAGCGACGAGGGAGAUCUUGAGCGUGCGCUGUAUGGCAGUUUCUUGCCUGUCCCAUCGCACGAGGCGUUCCCUGACCCAGACCCCAAUGACUUUUUGCCUGAAAAGAUGCCCGGCGCGGUCAUUCCGGUGAAGAAUGCACGGGUGGCUUUGAAUGAUGGCAGAAAACGCAUUCGCCUGAAGGUUAUGAGUAAAGGAGAUCGUCCGAUUCAGGUCGGAUCACACUACCACUUCAUCGAAACGAACCCCCAAUUGCAUUUCGAUCGCCUCCAGGCUUACGGCUUCCGUUUGGAUAUUCCUGCCGGAACCUCGAUUCGUUUCGAGCCCGGCGAUACCAAGACGGUGACAUUGGUCGAGAUCGCCGGUCACCGUGUCAUUCGAGGCGGCAACUGGCUCGCCAAUGGACCUUUGGAUAUGAACCGCGCGGAGGAAAUUAUUACCAAGCUCCAGGCGGCUGGGUUCGCGCAUGUACCUGAGCCCACGGCGGAUAGCACACUGAUGACCGGAUUUUCAAUGGAACGAGAGGCGUACUCACGCAUGUUCGGCCCAACUACAGGCGAUUUAGUUCGUCUCGGCUUGACUAAUCUGUGGGUGGAGGUGGAGAAGGAUAUGACCAGUUAUGGUGACGAGUGUGCCUUUGGUGGCGGCAAGACUCUUCGUGAGGGCAUGGGCCAGGCGUCUGGACGCUCGGCGGCAGAGUGUGUGGACACGGUGAUCACGAAUGCGCUGAUCAUUGAUUAUACGGGAAUCUACAAGGCCGACAUUGGUAUUAAGGACGGGUUGAUUUCGGGUAUAGGCAAGGCCGGUAAUCCCGAUGUGAUGGAUGGCGUGCACCCCGACUUGGUAGUCGGUGCUUCAACGGACGUUAUUGCGGGCGAGGGUAAGAUUAUCACUGCUGGUGGAUUUGAUACCCAUAUCCAUUUGAUUUGUCCGCAGCAAGUGGAUGAGGCUCUGGCAUCGGGUAUCACCACCUUCCUUGGCGGUGGUACCGGCCCCAGCACCGGCUCCAACGCAACAACCUGUACUCCAGGCCCCAACCACCUCAAACUGAUGAUGCAGGCUUGCGACAGCCUGCCCAUCAACAUUGGCAUUACCGGUAAAGGUAAUGACUGUGGGCGCAUCAGUAUUGAAGAGCAGAUUCUGGCUGGUGCCGCUGGCCUGAAGCUUCACGAGGACUGGGGCUCCACGCCUGCUGCUAUUGACAACUGUCUUUCUGUCUGUGACGAUUACGACGUGCAGUGUAUGAUUCACACCGACACUCUCAACGAAUCUGGUUUCGUCGAGCAGACUAUCGAGGCCUUCAAGGGUCGUACAAUCCACACAUACCACACCGAAGGCGCCGGUGGUGGUCACGCCCCGGACAUUAUCUCCGUCGUCGAGCACCCGAACGUUUUGCCUAGCAGUACCAACCCUACUCGACCAUUUACUCUCAACACUCUGGAUGAGCACCUCGAUAUGCUGAUGGUAUGCCACCAUCUGUCCAAGAACAUUCCCGAGGACGUCGCCUUUGCAGAGAGCCGUAUUCGCGCAGAGACCAUUGCUGCUGAAGACGUCCUGCAUGACCUGGGAGCCAUCAGUAUGAUGUCCUCCGACUCGCAGGCCAUGGGCCGCUGCGGAGAAGUCAUCUUGCGCACCUGGCACACUGCCCACAAGAACAAGGAGCAGCGUGGUAAACUGCCCGAGGAUGAGGGCACCAACAAUGACAACUUCCGUGUCAAGCGGUAUAUCAGCAAGUACACGAUCAACCCGUCAUUGGCGCAGGGCAUGGCACAUCUUAUCGGCAGCGUGGAGGUUGGCAAGAUUGCCGAUCUGGUUGUGUGGAACCCGAGCAACUUCGGUGUGAAGCCAGUGAAGGUUCUGAAGAGCGGCAUGAUUGCUGUUGCGGAGAUGGGUGACCCCAAUGCCUCCAUCCCAACAAUCGAACCGAUGAUUGUCCGCCCGAUGUUCGGCGUUCGCGUCCCAAGCACAUCGAUCAUGUUCGUCUCCCAAGCCUCUAUCGAUGCCGGUAUCGUGCAAACCUACGGUCUACGUAAACGCAUCGAGGCCGUCAAGGGCUGUCGUAAUGUCGGCAAGAAGGACAUGAAGUUCAACGAGACCAUGCCGAAGAUGAAGGUUGACCCAGAGAGCUACACUGUCGAGGCCGAUGGCAUGCUGUGCGACGCAGAGCCUGCGACCGAGUUGCCGCUCACGCAGGCGUACUAUGUGUUCUAG